AUGGCAGUGGCCCGUGUGCUGAGCGUCAGCUCCCUCCCACUGGCCUUCCCUCACUCUGCAGGGGCGCUGUGUGUCCUCCUGAGCCUGUCGGGAGCUGGAAGCCAGAAGAGCGGGGGCUGUGCCAGGUGGUGCCCUGCCAACUCGGAAUGUGCCAGUGCCAACACAUGUCACUGCAAGGCAGGGUUCACCUCCCCUGAGGAAUUUAUCACCGACCCCACGGGCUUCUGUGAAGACAUCGACGAGUGUGUGCAGCCCGGUCUAGUGUCCUGUGGAAAAUUUGCUGAGUGUGAGAACACGGAAGGGAGUUACCGCUGCAUCUGCAGCCCGGGAUAUGAGCUGGUUUCUGGAAGGACGUUUUCCACUAGCCAGAGUGAGAACACCUGUCACGAUGUGAAUGAGUGCACCUCGGGGAGAAGCCUCUGCCACAACUCCACCCACUGCAUCAACAGUGUGGGCGGCUACCAGUGCCUCUGCCGCCCAGGCUGGAAGCCGGUCGCUGGGUCCCCCAACGGCCCACCAAACACGGAGUGCGAAGAUGUGGACGAGUGCAGCUCCGGACAGCAUCAGUGUCACAACUCCACUGUCUGCAGCAACACCCGGGGGUCCUACAAGUGCCACUGCCGCCCUGGCUGGGAGCCGGUCCCCGAGACCCGCAGCGGGCCCAAGAACACGCGCUGCACAGAGCCGGCGUCCUUCCCCGCCUGGACGCCGCCGUCGGGAGUCCACAGCCAGAGCCUCUCCCGCUUCUUUGAAGAAGUCCAGGAUCUGCUCAGAGACUUCGACGCAGCCAAUGCCAGCCACACCAUCCAGGGACUCAUGCGGAAGGUGGACGAGCUGCUGGACGUCCCUGGGGACCUGAGCACCCUGCCCCACUCACAGCAACGCUGCGUGGCCACUAGCCUGCUCCUGGACCUGGAGGGGACCCUGGGUAUCCUGGGCAAGGCCGAGCCUGAGGGGACGUCGUCCUUCAGUUAUUCUGCAGGCACCCAACUGUCUCUGGAGGUGCAGAAGCAAGGAGGACCCAGGAAUGUCACCUUGACUCAGAGUCGAGCGGAGAUGCAGCUGAGCUGGGACCCGACUCAGCAACCUGGUGCCACGGGCCCCUCUGUGGCGGGUCUCGUCUCCUUUCCAGGCAUCGGUAAAUUGCUGGCGGAGGCUCCGCUGCUCCUGGAGCCUGAGCACGGGGAUGCGCACGGGACCCACACCAGCUCGCUGCCGGGGUCCACGCCGGUUCUGCUCUCUGACGUCAUUUCCGUCUUCGUGAGCCACAAGGACACGCUGACCCUCAGCUCCCCGGUCACCCUCACCUUCGUCCACCACCCUCCGAGCCCCGGGUCGCGGGGACAGGCGCUCUGCGUCUUCUGGGACCGCGGCCAGGACGGAUGCGGCCGCUGGGCCACCGUGGGCUGCAGGACGGCGCGCGGCGCAGGGACCAGCACCACGUGCCAGUGCGCGCAUCUCAGCAGCUUCGCGGUGCUCAUGAUGCCCUACCACCACCAGGAGGACGACCGUGUGCUGAACGCCAUCACCUGCGCGGGGCUCAGCCUCUCCCUGCUGUGCCUCCUCCUGGCGGGCCUCACCUUCCUCCUGUGCAGGCCCAUCCGGGGCACCAGCACCUCGCUGCACCUGCAGCUCUGCCUCUGCCUCUUCCUGGCCCACCUCCUCUUCCUCACGGCCAUCGACCAGACCGAACCCAAGGAGCUGUGCGCCACGAUCGCGGGCGCCCUGCACUUCCUCUACCUGGCGGCCUUCUUCUGGAUGCUGCUGGAGGGGCUGCAGCUCCUCCUCACCGCCCGCAGCCUCACCCAGCUCGGCGCCGCCCGCAGGAGCAAGCUCAUGCGCAGGCUCAUGUUCCCGGUGGGCUACGGGGGGCCCGCGGCCAUCGUGGCCGUGUCCGCGGCGUCCAGGCCUCACCUGUACGGAAGCCCCACGCGCUGCUGGCUCCAGCUACACCAAGGGUUCAUCUGGGCGUUCCUCGGCCCCGUCUGCGGCAUCAUCUGCGUAAAUUUUGUGCUGUUUGUUGUGGUCCUUUCGAUCUUGAGAAGGAAGCUUUCCUCUCUCAACAGUGAAGUGUCAACCAUCCAGGACACAAGGAUGCUGACGGUCAAGGCCAUGGCCCAGCUCUUCAUCCUGGGCUGCACGUGGUGCCUGGGCGUCCUGCAGGUGGGGCCGGCCGCGCGCGUCAUGGCCUACCUGUUCACCGUGGUCAACGCCCUGCAGGGAGUCUCCGUCUUCCUGGUGUACUGCCUCCUCAGCCGGCAGGUCCGGACCCAAUACCGAAAGUGGUUUCAAGACAUCAGGAAGUCGAAAUCCGAAUCUGAGACAUACACUCUUUCCAGCAAGUUUGGUGCUGACUCCAGACCCAGUGAGAACAAAUGA